UCAGGGUCAAUUUCUUCUAUACUCGAUACACUACGCUUUUGAUUCCACUGUUUUUUUCGAGGCUAAUGAAAAUUUCAGUGAGAGACGCGAAGGAAAAUUAUUGAAGUGGGUCAUUUAUUUGUUGUGAGUCAAUAAUUGUUGGUCAACUGAAAUCAUUUGAAAAAAGACAGCAAAACAUAGGUCUCACAUCACUUUCAAAACUCCAAUGAUGAUCAAAAUGUCUGCCACAUAAUGCAAACUUCAUUACAUAACAAAUGCAGAAAUCAAGCGCAACCGAAACGAUUUCCGUUCAAGAUUUCCUCCUUUAUGAUCGUAGAAAACUCUUUCUCAUCAAUAGAAAUACAAAAAUUGCCUAAUACGUAAUAUCCAAUGCCAAACUGACCACUUCCAACGUGACGAUAUUAAAAAUUCGGUCAGGACAAAUAGACAGCCAACUAAUCAGGAUCAUCAAGGAUCUGAUUAACUAACAUUGAAACUCGAUGAAAAUGAACAGCCGGCUCAAGGAGACAGAGUCAAAAUGGACCUGUGAAUACUGCACCUAUGAAAAUUGGCCCUCGUCCCUAAAAUGUACAAUGUGCCGAGGCGCGAAACCUCUCCUCGGCGAAGAUAUUUAUCGUCUGCGAAGUCCCAGUCCUCAGAGAUCCGGCUCGAGUGUCGCUUCCGGUCCAGUUCCAGCCUCAGAUUCCUACAACUCGCAAAAUUGCAGUCAGAAUGUACCUUCCGGCGGCAAGUGGUCCUGCGACAUUUGCACCUAUCUCAAUUAUCAGAAUACGGGGCGCUGUGUGCAGUGCGGAAGUCGAAAGACAAACAACACCCAGUCGAAUUCGGUGGCCUCGAAUCUCCACGAGCAGCUGGCACCCCUCAGGCUUGGCGAUCCGCCGCCAAAUACGGGCUCGAAUUCGCAGUUUAAUCCAGCGCCGAUUAAUUUACAUCCGGAACGAUUUGCGGGUGGACAUCCGGCUGGCGAGAAGUGGUCAUGUUUUAGCUGCACUUAUGAAAACUGGCCGAAAUCGACGAGGUGUGUUAUGUGCGCGAAGGAGAAGGACAGAAGGGACAAGUCGUCGAAUAGUUUAGGUCUUAUUUUACCAAGUCCGGAGAGAGAUCAGAGCCAAAGGGGCUUACCGUCUCCUCCACACACGCCUUUUCUUCAGCAAGCCCAACGUGAUGAGAAUUUGGCGAUUGCUAGAAGCAGGAGUUCUCACAGAUUUGAGAGCAGAAACGACAGUCUUCCAAUGCCUCAGUCCCCCAAUAACUGCGACUACGAACGCAGGCUCAAACAGUUGAGGCGUGCUGAUUGGUGCUGGUUGAAUGCUUGCCUCGGCAUCGUCGAGGGAGACAACGCACCUGUAGAGGCUUACCUGGCAAGCGGAGGCGAUCCGGCUCGUCAAUUAACGCAUUCCGAGGUUCUACUAUUAAAUAGGAGCAGUGCUUUUGAUGUAGGACACACCCUAGUUCAUUUAGCUAUCAGAUUUCAACGAGAGGAUAUUCUAGCGACAUUAUUAUCUCAAAUCGAAGGCUCCGGCUCUGGAAUUAAGAGAGUGCCGAGUUAUGUUGCACCAGACUUGGCCGCCCAAAUUCGCAGACACGUGAUGAAUAGCAUUCGUUUGCGAAAGGGAACCAUUCCAUGUUAUUUUGUUACAGACAUGGCCACUUUUUCCUUGCCUGCCGAGGUGGAGGAUUUGCCGAGUAUAGUUCAGGAACAAAUGUUGGAGGAACUUUUGGAUAGGGAAGCCCAACAGCAGCUUGAGGGCGGCGGAGGGGAACCACCUGCUCUGAAUUGGUCUUUAGAAAUCACUGAACGGUUGGGUAGUCGUCUUCAUGCUCUGUGGAAUAGAUCCGCUGGAGAUUGUCUCUUAGAUUCUGUCAUGCAAGCCACUUGGGGCGUUUUUGACCGCGAUAAUGCUUUACGGAGAGCACUUGCGGAUACCUUACAACAAGCUGGUCAAUUCUUUUAUCCUCGUUGGCGAGAGUACGAAGCAUCGCAAGCAUCUAGAAUGUUAGACUUCACACUAGAAGAAACCCAGUGGCAAGAAGACUGGGAAAAUCUGCUGGCAACGGCAGCUCAACCUGGAAGUGCGUUGGAGCAAUUACACGUAUUUGCUUUGGCCCAUAUUCUGAGGAGACCGAUCAUCGUCUACGGUGUAAAAUAUGUCAAAAGUUUCCGAGGAGAAGACAUAGGCUAUGCAAGAUUUGAAGGCGUCUAUUUGCCCCUCCUUUGGGAGCCAUCAUUCUGCAUCCGAUCUCCAAUUGCUCUGGGUUACACCCGUGGCCACUUCUCAGCUCUCGUACCUAUUGAACCAUAUUCUUCCUCAGGAAUACCGCCCCUAGCAUCACACGCGACUGGCAUUGGUGGCGGCAAUAGUCCAAUGCAACAACUUCAGAUACAAAUGCAAAUGACCUUCAUGCCUUUGAUGGAUCGGGAACGAAAAUUACUUCCAAUACAUUUUCUCAGUCCGGAAGAAAUGGGCCGUGAGGAGGCGAUUUUAAAGCAGUGGCUCGACGUUUGCACCACCGAGGGCGGCAUUUUUGUCGCGCAACAAAAACUUCACAAAAGGCCGCUUCUCGUCGCGCAGAUGCUUGAGGAGUGGCUCAAUCAUUAUCGGAGACUCGCGUGAGUAACUCUUUUUUGACAGUGAAAUAAAGUUGUUCAAAGUAAUCUUUAAAUUUAUACUGAAAUGUUAAAAGAACAUUUUCUCGGAGUGUGGUAAAACGAUUACUUUAGGGUUAUUGGUCUAAACUAACGACUCUGUCACUGAUAGUAAAUUGACCCGUUCUGGAGUUUGUUUUUUAAACUAACCCGUUCUGGUGUUGUUUCACUAAACUAAUACGUUCUCGAGCUUGUUUCGGAAAUUAACCCUCUAAGGAUUUCGUCGUCUAAACUAAAUCAUUUUUGAUUUGGUCGCCUAAACUAACCCAUUAUGGAGUUGGUCCUCUAAACGCACUAUUUCUAGAGUUUUUCGUCUAAACGAACAAAUUCUGGGUUUAGUCAUCUAAACUAACUAAUUAACAAGUUGGUCGUCUUAAUGAACCCAUUUUACAAUUUUUCCUCUAAACGCACCAAUUCUGGAGUUGGUCGUCUAAACUAACCAAUUAUGGCGUUGGUCGUCUGAACGAACCCAUUUUUGAAUGUGUCUCCUAAAUUAACCUAUUUUAAAUUUGUCUUCUAAACGCACUGAUUUUAGAAUGAGUCGUCUGACCUAACCAAUUUUGGCGUUUGUUGUUUGAACGAACCCAUCCUUUUGAAUUUGUCUUUUAAACGCACAAGUUCUGAAGUGGGUCGUCUAAACGAACCCGUUCUGGAGUUGGUCCUCUAAACUCACUAUUUCUAGAGUUUUUCGUCUGAAUGAACAAGUUGGUCGUUUAAACGAACCCAUUUUUUAAUUACUUUUCUAAAUUACUUUUCUAAACGAACAAAGUCAUUCUUUUGAUUUUGUCUUCUAAACGCACCAGUUCUGGACUGAGUCGUCUAAACUAACUAAUUCUGAAAUUGGUCGCCUGAGCAAACCCGUUCUGUAGUUGGUUCUAUAAACGCACUAUUUCUAGAGUUUUUCGUUUAAACGAACAAAUUGUAGAUUUAGUCGCCUAAACUAGCCAAUUAAGAAAUUGGUCGUCUAAAGGAACCCAUUUUAGAAUUUGUCCUCUAAACGCACAAAUUUUGGAGUUGGUCGUCUAAACUAACCAAUUCUGGCGUUGGUCGUAUAAAUGAACCUAUUUUUGAAUUACUCUUCUAAACGAACCCAUUUUUCGAAUUUGUCUUCCAAACGCCUCAAUUCUCGAGAGGGUUAUCUAAACCAACCAAACAUGGCAUUAGUCGUCUAAACGAAUUCGUUCUUUCGGCUUUGUCUUCUAAACGCACCAGUUCUGGACUGAGUCGUCUAAACUAACUAAUUCUGAAAAUGGUCGCCUAAGCGAGCCUAUUCUGGAGGUGGUUCUUUAAACGAACUAUUUAUAGAAUUUUUUGUCUAAACGAAUAAAUUCUAGAUUUAGUCGUCUAAACUAACCCAAUUAAGAAGUUGGUUCUCUAAACAAACCCAAUUUAGAAUUUUUCUUUAAACGCGCCGUUUCUGGAGUGGGCCGUUUAAACUAACCAAUUUUGGCGCUGGUCGUCUAAACUAACCAAUUAAGCAGUUGGUUGUCUAAACGAACCCAUUUAAGAAUUUUUCCUCUAAGCGUACAAAUUUUGGAGUUGGUCGUCUAAACUAACCAAUUUUGGCGUUGGUCGUUUAAACGAACCCAUUUUUGAAUAACUCUUCUAAACGAACAUAUUUUUAGAAUUUGUUUUCCAAACGCCUUAAUUCUGGAGUGGGUCGUCUAAAUUAACUCACAAUGGAGUUGGUCGUCUGAACUAACCACUUAUAGAUUUGUUCGUUUAAAUAAACCUGUUUCAGAAUUUAUCUUCUAAAGUUGCCAAUUCUUCAGUUGGUCGUCUAAACUCAUGCAUUAUGGCAGAGCAGUUAGUUUAGAAGAUCAAUGGUCGUUUGAACCAUCAAAAUGGUCGUUUUAAACAAACACACCGAGAGAGGUUCGUUUGAGAUAUCGUAAUAUUGAAAAUUACUCUUUCCGUUUCGAUUUUUUCUUGUUAUUUAAGAGAAACUUUUUUGUUUUUUUUUUCUGGUGAUUGUUCGGAAAAUCUUUUUUUUUAGAUUCUAAGAUGCAGAUUGCGUUAAAAUUUAAUUAAAUUAAGAACACUUAGCUUUAUAACACGUAGAUUAAUAGUAGCACAUCGCUGUGAAUUUUUUCACUAUUUCUGCGAAUAAUUAAACUAACGAUUGUCAGGUACUAUUGAUCAGAGAUCUAGUCUUUGAGAGAAGGAAGUAAUUAGUUUUUGAGUGUUAGGUAUAGUUGAAAAGAUUGCAAAAUUUUAGAAAGAUUGUAAAAAUUCGAUGUAAACCUAAUUAUUUACAAUUAGAUAAUAAAAUUUUAUCUAAAUAUUUUGGUUUUAUAGAUAUAAUAAAUAUAGGCUUUAAUUAAUAUUCAGAAUUUAUUCGAGAGAAACAAGUAUUCUUAUUUUCGAUAUUUUAUGUUAAUAGUUUAUUAUUUUUAUUUAAAUUACAGGAGUGUCAACUAACACUUUGCGAAUUUAUUUUUACUGAUUUGAAGAGUACGCGGGAAAAGAAAAUUUAGUUUAAAGAUUUUACGUGGGACCUGCAAUUAAAUUGCAAUCGGUUAUGAAUACUACUAAUACCUAAACUUAAUUAUUUUAUUACUUUAUUUUCCCGCAUACGCUUUAUUAAUUAAUCAUUAUUGGAAGCAGAAUCAAGUGCGACUUGAUAGAAAAUUACUUGUAACAAAAGUGAUUUAUACCUACAGAAAAGAAUGUCCAAUUAUAUAAAAGAUGUAUUGUUGAUUUUGAUUAUAAAGUAUUGGUUUAGUCGUUGUUCUAAAUAAACACUACAAA